AUGGUCAGAUACGCUGCUACACCAGCCAACCCCGCUAAGGCUGCCAAGUCCAGAGGUUCUUACCUCCGUGUUCACUUCAAGAACACCCAUGAAGUUGCCGUUGCUGUCAAGGGUUUGAAGUUGUCCAAGGCUUAUGCCUAUCUUAACAAUGUUACCGAACACAAGCAAGUCAUUCCUUUCCGUAGAUUCAACGGUGGUGUUGGUCGUGCUUCUCAAGCCAAGGAGUUCGGUACCACUCAAGGUCGUUGGCCCGUCAAGUCUGUCAAGUUCGUUACUGACUUGUUGAAGAAUGCUGAAAGCAAUGCUGAAGCUAAGGGUUUGAACGUUGAGGAACUUUACAUUUCUAGCAUCGUUGUCAACCAAGCUCCCAAGCACCGUCGUCGUACUUACCGUGCUCACGGUAGAAUCAACCCUUUCAUGUCUUCUCCCUCUCACAUCGAGGUUGUUCUCACUGAAAAGGAUGAAGUUGUUCCCCGUGCUGAUGACAAGAAGGUUGUCAAGCUCAAUGCUCGUCAAUUGGCCCGCAACGCUCGUCUUGCCCGUGCUUAA